GGCGGGGCUGGGAGGUGCGCGGCCGAGUGUGCGCGGAGACGCACGGACUGACGCCCAGCACGAUGGCCGCGGAGCGGCGCGCCAAGGCCGACACCCUGACCCUGAGGCGGCGGCUCCUCAGCUCUUCCUGCAGACUCUUUUUUCCUGAGGAUCCUGUUAAGAUUGUCCGUGGCCACGGGCAGUACCUGUACGAUGAACGAGGGGCAGAAUACAUCGACUGCAUCAACAAUGUGGCUCACGUCGGGCACUGCCACCCUCUCGUGGUCCAAGCUGCACACGAACAGAACCAGGUGCUCAACACCAACAGCCGGUUUCUGCAUGACAACAUCGUGGAUUAUGCCCAGAGGCUGUCGGAGACCCUGCCGGAGCAGCUCUCUGUCUUUUAUUUCCUGAAUUCUGGAUCAGAAGCCAACGACCUGGCCCUACGGCUGGCUCGCCGGUACACAGGACACCAGGACGUGGUAGUGUUAGACCAUGCUUAUCAUGGUCACCUGAGCUCCCUGAUCGACAUCAGUCCUUACAAAUUCCGGAACCUGGAUGGCCAGAAGGAAUGGGUCCAUGUGGCACCUCUCCCAGACACCUACCGGGGCCCUUACCGGGAAGACCACCCCAAUCCCGCUGAGGCAUAUGCCAGCGAGGUGAAACGUGUGGUCAGCAAUGCACAGAAGAAGGGCAGAAAGAUUGCAGCCUUCUUCGCUGAGUCUCUGCCCAGUGUGGGUGGGCAGAUCAUUCCUCCUGCUGGCUACUUCUCUAAGGUGGCAGAGCACAUCCGCGGGGCCGGAGGGCUCUUUGUCGCAGAUGAGAUCCAGGUUGGCUUUGGCCGAGUAGGCAAGCAUUUUUGGGCCUUCCAGCUGCACGGGGAAGACUUUGUUCCUGACAUUGUCACCAUGGGCAAGUCCAUUGGCAAUGGUCACCCAAUUGCCUGCUUGGCUACCACCCAAGCUGUGUCAAAUGCCUUUGAAAACACUGGCGUGGAAUACUUCAACACGUUUGGUGGCAACCCAGUGUCCUGUGCUGUGGGGCUGGCAGUCCUGGACACCGUGGAGAAAGAGCAGCUCCAGGCCCAUGCCACCCAUGUUGGCGACAUCCUGAUGGAGCUCCUCAGGCAACAGAAAGCCAAACACCCAAUCAUUGGGGACAUCAGGGGCACUGGGCUCUUCAUUGGUGUGGACCUUAUAAAAAAUGAGGCUAUGAGGACACCAGCAACCGAAGAGGCUGAAUACCUAGUAUCCAAGCUGAAAGAGAACUACAUUUUGCUGAGCACCGAUGGCCCUGGGAGGAAUGUCCUGAAGUUCAAGCCACCAAUGUGCUUCAGCCUGGACAAUGCCCAGCAUGUAGUAGCAAGGCUGGAUGACAUUCUAACAGAUAUGGAAGAGAACAUGAGAAGCUGUGACACGUUGAAGAUCCAGUCCUGAGUCAGCCCAACUCAGUCAAGUGUCCUCCAUCCAGAAGAUGCUUAUUCCACUCAAAUACUUCAGUUGAGACCCUGGCCUCUACUGCAAGCCUAAUGCCUGCCACUCCCUGGGGACCUCAAUCCACUGUUGGGAUAGACCUCAGGUCUGUACCCCAGCAUGGUCAAGUCAAUCCACCUUCUGCCGUAAAGCCUUGCACUUCUGGGAAGGGGGACUGUCUGGUGCUUCUACCUAAGAAGCAAACAAAUUUCUAAGGACAAUCCAACACACUCCAAUUAAAAAUACUUAAAAUCAUGCAGGCAUACUAGCAAUACACCCUUAGUCCUAGCACUCAAGAAGCAGAGGAAGGAGGAUCCCUGUUGAGUCUGGGACUAGAGAUGUCCAGGUCAGACUGGGUCAGGACACUACAUUGAAAAACCAAAAUUAAAAAAAGUAAGGCUGGAGAGAUGGCUUAGCAGUUAAGGUGUGUUUGCCUGUAAAGCCAAAGGACCCAGGUCCAAUUCCCCA